AUGUCCAGCUACAUAGGUAGCAAGAAGCAGCCCCUGAAGCAGCCCAAGGAGAUAGACAAGAUAAGGAAUUCAAGCAGAAAGGGGAGAAGAGUAGAAGCAGAGGAGAAAGAAAAGCAGGAGAAACUGGAGGAACUAAAAGCAAAGGUCAUGGGGAAGAGCCCUCUGGUCACAGGUGGAAUUAAGAAAUCUGGCAAGAAGUAA